AGCAGACUGGUUGAAACCCGUUUACUAGUUUUGGUCUUUAGAUGUUGUUCUCUGUUGAAGGAAACGUGCCCUGUGCGCAGCUAGCACGAGCAGAACAGACUUUAUUUGAAAACGUGACAGUGAAGCAGUGGGCAAGAAGCAGCCGAGGAAGUAAAAGACAAGAAGAGGAGAGACAGGGGUUGAAUAACCGUUUCUGCACUUGAAGGUUUCAUUCUGUGGUUUAACAGGAACUGCUAGUCUGAAAGUAGAUUGUGAAACAUUACUCAGGCACUUGUUUGCUGUCCGUUACAGAUCACAGCAGAAUGGAUCGCAUAAAUAGAAGAGGACAUAAAGAAAAAUACUUCGUAGGGAAGCACCUGAGGUUUUGUGAAAUUAAAUACCAAAUACUGAAUAAUUACCUCUCCACAUAUCCUCCGAGGUUCCCUUGUCCGACAGAGUUCCACGUAUCUGAACUACGACAUGAUACUAACUUUAGUGGCCUCCAGGCCAUUCUGAGUGACCCCGGAUUUAAGGACCCUGGGACCGGCACCAACGCCUCGCAGGGUCUAGUUUGGUGGAGCUUAGCUAUUACAGGUAAUGGCAUUGCAGAUGCAGAGAGGCGUUUCCUUCUGCAAAAAGGAGUUGACAAUGGUUGCAAACCCUUCCUGUACAAAUUCACAUCCUCACCAGCCUUCCGCAAGGCCUCCAGGCUGGGGAACUUUCGUUUUACGUUCCCCAUCACUGAACUGUUGGAGAGCUACGCAGACCAGUUCUGCCAGGGCCGAGCACCGCAGAUGCGCAUCUAUGAGACGGUGGUCUACAAGCAGGAGGUCAUGUAUGCCGUCGUGGUCCAUGCUCCAGACGUCCAGAAAGAGUUUAAGAAAUAUCCACUCCUUGAAGACUGCUCCACAGCCCCGUGUUCGUUCCAGGAUGGGAAGAUAGUGUGGAGACCACAGGGACUGAGCAAGACGCAUGCCUUUCGGCUGGCUCCUGCCAGCAAAACGCUGGUGAAAAAAGUGCCAAGGAAGAAACGGAAGUUCUGUAUGUGGGACCAUGUGGUACUGGCCUUCCAUGUCCCACAGGAUAAGAUCUUCCGGUUUGAGAAGGAGACACUGGUUAAACACCUCAGUCUCUGUCAGGGAACACUGCCCAACCUGAACACAGAGGGGUUUAUAAAGUGUGAGUUUGAGGCCAAUUCUGACCAUCAGUAAAUGGCCAUAUGGGAGCCUCAAUUUCCAUUUAUUCCGAUCAGGAAAAUCAGUGCUUAUGUCAGUUUUAUAUUCUAUUAGUUACACAGGCAACACUGUUUGUAAUGUAAACAUUACAAUGUGUACAUGUGAAAAUAAAGUUUGAACAUUAUGGUUUUGA